UUCGCGGCCGACGAUGGCGGAAAAGACGAAUACUAUCAUGGAGGACAGGUCUUGGGACAGUUUCUCCCUCUCCGAAGAGGCUAUGAGUUAGUGGAAGGCCCUGUACGUUUUCUUUCUCACUCACUCUCCCCCUCCCUCCUCCUCCGCUCGCAGAAAUCUAUAAAGAACAAAAAAUCCAGCAGGGGAGGGGGGUUGAUACGCCGAAGCUGAAAACGAGAGAGGCGAACCCAGGAAAGGAGAGUGUUUUGUGUACGAGACUUUUCCCCCCCUUCGUGCCAAAAAGGAGGGGGAAAGUCGAACAUUCAAAGAAGGGAAAAGAAAAUAGAUGACUCUGUAAGGACGAAAAGGGAAGAAGUCUGUCUUUUUGUGGAUAUAGCUUAUAUUUUUAAUUCGUGAAAAUAUGGCCGAGAACGUUCUGGACUCCGGCCCGCCUUCAGCCAAGAGGCCUAAACUCUCCUCUCCGGCACUUUCUGUCUCCGCCAGCGAUGGAAACGAUUUCGGUUCGCUGUUCGACCUUGAGCACGACCUCCCCGACGAGCUCAUCAACUCCACGGAGCUGGGCCUGCCCAACGGCGGGGACCUGGGCCAGCUGCACGCCAGCAUGGGGGGCGGGCCCAUGGGCGGCGGGGGCCAGGACGCGGCGGCCAAGCACAAGCAACUCUCGGAGCUGCUGCGGUCCGGGGCGCCGCCCCCCUCCGCCCAGCAGGGCGCGGCCGGCAGCCCCGGCGGGGGCUCCAUGGGGCUCUUGCCGAACAUGAAGGCGUCCCCGGGGCCCCCGGGAAUGGGACAGCAGCAGCAGCAGCACCUCUCGCCCCAGCAAGCGGGCAUGAUGCAGCAGCAGCAGCAGCAGCAGGCAGGAAUGGUGGGGGUGAUGAACAGAGGCAUGAUGGGUACGCAGAAGGGGAACGGGCAGCAGCAGGGGCCCGGACCCCAGCAGCAGGGCAUGAUGGUGGGGCAGGUGAUGAACGGCUCACCGCGGAUGAGCUACUCGAACCCUGGGAUGGGGAGUAACAGCAACUUGCUUGCAGAGACAUUACAGCAGCAGCAGCAGCAGCAGCAACAGCAACAAGGUGCCCAGCAGCUAGGAGCUGGGGGACAGACUGCACUGAGAGGCCAGCAACCUGGAGCACUGAACAAGAUGGGUUUGAUGGGUAACCCGGGUCCCUAUGGCGGCCCCUUUGGUCAGUCCACAGCCCAGGGUCUGGGGGGUGCUGGGCUGGGCCCGCAGCUCCAGAACAAGGCAGGUCUUCCCAACAGCCUGGCCCAGUUCAACCUGGACAAGAAGACGCAGCCCGUACAGGGCGUGGCCGGCAUGGCCUCUCAGCAAGCCCCUGCAGUAGGGUCCGGUGUGGCGGGAGCUGGGGGUGCAGGAGGAAUGGUGUCCAACCCCCAGGGCGGCCUUGGCUCUGCUACAGCAGCGUCCGCGGCGGCGGCGGCAGCAGCAGCGCCCCCUACGGCCGACCCGGAGAAACGCAAGCUGAUCCAGCAGCAGCUGGUCCUCCUGCUCCACGCCCACAAGUGCCAGCGGCGGGAGCAGGCCAACGGGGAGGUGCGGCAGUGCAACCUGCCCCACUGCCGCACCAUGAAGAACGUCCUCAACCACAUGACCCACUGCCAGGCCGGCAAGUCCUGCCAGGUUGCGCACUGUGCCUCGUCACGGCAGAUCAUCUCUCACUGGAAGAACUGCACGCGGCACGACUGCCCCGUCUGCCUGCCGCUCAAGAACGCCGGAGACAAGAGGAACCAGCAGCGUGAGUCUCUUCUGGGUGGUGCUGGAGUGGGCCUGAGCAGUUCUCUAGGGGCGGUUCCUGGGGGCCAGCCGAGCGCCCCCAGCCUCAACCCGCCCAGCCAGAUCGACCCCAGCUCCAUCGAGCGGGCCUACGCCGCCCUGGGCCUCACCUACCAGGGCAACCAGAUUCAGCCGCAGCCACCUCAGUCCAGCCUGCCGGCCCAGGGGCUGCAGGGCCAGCCUGGCAUGAGGCCACUCAACGCCAUGGCAGGAGGGAACCCCCUGGGUGUGAAUGGAGGAGUCGGGGUGCAGCCCCCCAGCCAGCAGCCCAACCUUCUGCAGGACAACGCGUUGCACACCAGCAUGAACUCACAGGGUCUGAUGAACGACAGCGGUGGGGUCGGAGGUUUGGGCUCCAUGCCCACGGCCACCCCGCCCUCCAGCGCCGGCAUGAGGAAGAGCUGGCACGAGGACAUCACCCAGGACCUGCGCAACCACCUAGUGCACAAACUUGUGCAGGCCAUCUUCCCCACACCAGACCCUGCUGCUCUGAAGGACCGGCGCAUGGAGAACCUGGUGGCCUACGCCCGCAAAGUGGAGGGGGACAUGUACGAGUCCGCCAACAGCAGGGCGGAGUACUACCACCUCCUGGCAGAGAAGAUCUACAAGAUCCAGAAGGAGCUGGAGGAGAAGCGCAGGACGCGGCUGCAGAAGCAGGGAAUGAUGCCCACGCAGCCCGUGCUGGGGUCCUCCGGCAUGGCACAGGGGCCUCCCAGCAUGAGCCAGCCCCCGCCCUCCACCGGACUGCCCUCCAAUGGGCCUCUCCCUGACCCCUCCCUCGUGCGGCCCACGGUGCCCAACCAGAUGGUGAACCGGAUGCAAAACCCCGCAGUAGGCAUGAACCAGUUCAACCAGAUAGGGAUGCAGUCUCUGGGCCAGAGGUCGACCCCCCCUCUGCAGCUCGGCACACCCCUAAACCAGAUGGGUAUGGGGGCGCCACGGAUGGGGCAGCCCAAUGUGACUCAGCUCCAGAACCAGUACCUCCCUCCUGGCCAGUUCCCCGGGACAGGCCUAGGUGGCAUGGGACAGUCAGGCGCGCAGGGUGGAAUUGCACAGCAGGGUCAGAUACCCACUCCCCCCUCGCUGCCGGUCAGCAGUCCGGUAGGGGGAGUAGGCGCCGGAGCCACAGUGGGUUCCAUGGGGCCUGGAAGUGUUGGCCCCCCUUCAAAUUUGGCCCCUUCCGCCAACUCCUCCCAGCCCAACUCUCACCCGCACUGUCCACCCAUCCGCCAAAACUCCCCUUCGCCCGCUCGCAGUCGCACGCCCACCCCCCACCGGACUCCCCCGGGGUUAGGAGGCUCACAGACCCCCCAGCCCCAGACCCCCAACCCUCCCCAGCUGCCCCCUCCAGCCCCCCAGCAGCAGCAGCUGUCCCAGCCAAUGGGGCAGGGCCUGAGCGCGGACAAACCAACGCAGCUACAGCACCACCAAGCGGGGAUGGGGUCCCUGGCGGCCCCCCAGUCCGGACCGGCUUCCUCUGUGCCGACGUCAGGCGCUGUGCUGGCGCCCCAACACCCGCGCACGCCGCUAUCCCAGAAGUCCUCGCUCACAGCGGAUGGCCAGGUGUCCACGCCGGCCUCUGUCAGCAGCGCUGAUGCGGGCUCCCAGCAGGCCCCGCCCGACGGCCCCGCCCUUCCGGACCCCAAGAUGGAGGUGAAGCAGCAGGAUGAGGAGGACGGGGAGGCGGUGGCCAUGGGCGGAAAGCAAGCUGACAUCAAGGCUGAGGAGAAGCCGGAGGUAAAGGAGGAGUCCUCAGGUGACGGAUGUAAAUCGGAGCCCAUGGAGACGUCGACGGGAGCGUCGAGCGAGGACCAGAAACCGAAGAUGAAGACGGAACCUAAAGAGGAAGAGGAGGGGCCGGGAUCUGUGGGGGCUAACAGCUCCCCCUCCAGCGCUCUGAACAAGAGGAAAAUCUUCAAGCCCGAGGAGCUGCGCCAGGCCCUCAUGCCCACCCUGGAGGCGCUGUACCGCCAGGACCCCGAGUCCCUGCCCUUCCGCCAGCCUGUGGACCCCCAGUUACUGGGAAUACCUGACUACUUCGACAUCGUGAAGAGCCCCAUGGACCUUUCCACCAUCAAGCGGAAGCUGGACACGGGGCAGUACCAGGAGCCCUGGCAGUACGUGGACGACAUCUGGCUCAUGUUCAACAACGCCUGGCUUUACAACCGCAAGACCUCCCGCGUCUACAAGUACUGCUCCAAGCUGGCCGAGGUGUUCGAGCAGGAGAUCGACCCCGUCAUGCAGGGCCUGGGCUACUGCUGUGGGAAGAAGCUGGAGUUCUCCCCCCAGACUCUGUGCUGCUACGGAAAGCAGUUAUGCACUAUACCCCGUGAUGCUGCCUACUUCAGCUACCAGAACAGGUACCACUUCUGUGAGAAGUGUUUCAACGAAAUCCAGGGCGAGAGCGUGUCCCUGGGGGAUGACCCCUCCCAGCCUCAAACGUCUAUCAGCAAAGAUCAGUUUGAGAAGAAGAAGAAUGACACGCUGGACCCUGAAUUGCUCGUGGAAUGUAUCGACUGCGGUCGUAAAAUGCAUCAGAUCUGUGUUCUGCACAAUGACACUAUCUGGCCCUCAGGCUUUGUGUGCGACGGCUGUCUGAAGAAGUCCAAUAAAUCGCGGAAGGAGAACAAGUACGCAGCUAAAAGGCUGCCCCAGACGAAACUGGGCUACUUCCUGGAGACACGGGUGAACGAUUUUCUGAGGCGGCAGAACCACCCAGAGUCCGGCGACGUCACUGUCCGCGUGGUCCACGUCUCCGACAAGGUGGUGGAGGUCAAGCCUGGCAUGAAGGCCAGGUUUGUGGACAGUGGGGAGAUGGCAGAGUCCUUCCCUUACAGGACGAAGGCGCUGUUUGCGUUCGAGGACAUUAAUGGAGCUGACGUCUGCUUCUUCGGCAUGCACGUGCAGGAGUACGGCUCGGACUGCCCGCCGCCCAACCAGAGGCGGGUGUACAUCUCCUACCUCGACAGCGUGCACUUCUUCCAGCCCCGCUGUCUGAGGACCGGCGUCUACCACGAGAUCCUCAUCGGGUACCUGGAGUACGUCAAGAAGCUGGGGUUUACGACAGGGCACAUUUGGGCCUGUCCCCCAAGUGAAGGAGAUGACUACAUCUUCCACUGUCACCCUGCUGACCAGAAGAUCCCCAAGCCAAAGCGCUUGCAAGAGUGGUACAAGAAGAUGCUGGACAAGGCCGUGUCCGAGCGCAUCGUUCACGACUACAAGGAUAUAUUUAAGCAGGCGACCGAGGAUCGUCUCACCAGUGCGAAGGAGCUGCCCUACUUUGAGGGCGACUUCUGGCCCAACGUGCUGGAGGAGAGCAUUAAGGAGCUGGAGCAGGAGGAGGAGGAGAGGAAGAGGGAGGAGAACAGCACCUCCAGCGAGAGCAUCGACGCCUCUAAAGGUGACAGCAAGAAUGCGAAGAAGAAGAACAGCAAGAAGACGAGCAAGAACAAGAGCAGCCUGAGCCGAGCCAACAAGAAGAAGCCGGGGAUGCCCAACGUGUCCAACGACCUGUCCCAGAAACUGUACGCCACCAUGGAGAAGCACAAGGAGGUGUUCUUCGUGAUCCGGCUCAUCGCGGGCCCCACCGCCAACUCCCUCCCGCCCAUCGUGGACCCGGACCCGCUGAUGGCGUGCGACCUGAUGGACGGGCGGGACGCCUUCCUGACGCUUGCGCGGGACAAGCACCUGGAGUUCUCCUCGCUGCGGCGCGCCAUGUGGAGCUCCAUGUGCAUGCUGGUGGAGCUGCACAACCAGAGCCAGGACCGCUUCGUCUACACCUGCAACGAGUGCAAGCACCACGUGGAGACCCGCUUCCACUGCACCGUGUGCGAGGACUACGACCUCUGCAUCACCUGCUACAACAUUAAGGGCCACGAGCACAAGAUGGAGAAGCUGGGCCUGGGGCUGGACGACGAGAGCAACAGCCAGGCGGCGGCCUCCAUGCAGAGCCCCGGGGACUCGCGCCGCCUCAGCAUCCAGCGCUGCAUCCAGUCGCUGGUGCACGCCUGCCAGUGCCGCAACGCCAACUGCUCGCUGGCCUCCUGCCAGAAGAUGAAGCGGGUGGUGCAGCACACCAAGGGCUGCAAGCGCAAGACCAACGGCGGCUGCCCCAUCUGCAAGCAGCUCAUCGCCCUCUGCUGCUACCACGCCAAGCACUGCCAGGAGAACAAGUGCCCCGUGCCCUUCUGCCUCAACAUCAAGCACAAGCUCCGGCAGCAGCAGCUGCAGCACCGGCUGCAGCAGGCGCAGAUGCUCCGCCGCCGGAUGGCCAGCAUGCAGCGGACGGGCCAGCCGGCGGGCGGCGGGGGGCUCCCGUCCCCCGGGAACAACGGCGCCACCGCCCCCAGCACGCCCACGUCGUGCGGCACCCAGCCGCCCACCCCGCAGACCCCCACGCAGCCCAGCCUGCCGGCCCUGCCUCAGCCGGGGGUCCCCCCGCAGCAGCAGGGCCCUCCGCAGGGCGGGGUGCCCCAGCACCACCUCCACCACCACCUGCAGCAGAUGCCGGGAGGGGGCGUGAUGGGCUCGCCUCAGCAUCCGCAGAUGGGUGGCCAGGUCCCCCAGCCACAGGGUCCGCUGCCCAACAGCCUGCCUCCCUACACGCCCCGGCCCCCCGGCUCUUCUCCGCACUCUCAGUCCCAGGGGAAGCCGGGGCUGGGCCCGGCCACCCCUCCCCAGCAGCACCCCAACCCCGGCCAGCCCCCCACGCCUCAGCAGCAGCAGCAGCAGCAGCAGCAGCACUCGGGACCGCCGCCGGCCGCCGUGGAGAUCGCCAUGAAGAUCCAGCGCGUGGCCGAGACGCAGAGGCAGAUGGCGCAGGCGCAGAUCCUCCAGCGGCAGGCGGCGCAGGCGGCCGGCAUGAUGCCCCCCCACCCGCACCACCAGCCCCCGCAGCCCCAGGCCCCGAUGGGCAUAAACCACCCGGGGGGAGGCAUGGUGGGGGCCCCCGGGCUGCCCCCCCAGGCGCAGGCGGCCGCCGCCAGGGCCCACAUGGAGCAGCAGCAGCAGCAGCAGCAGGGCAUGGUAGUAGGGGCAGGCAUGCAGCAGCAGCAGCAGCAGCAGGCCAACCCUCAGGCCCAGCUCCCUCCCCAGGUGCAGCUCCAGCCGCAGCAGCAGGGGGCGCCGCAGCUCCCGCCCUCCCAGCAGCAGCAGUGGGGCGGCCCGUCCAUGCAGCCGCAGCAACAGAGGCAGGGCAUGAUGGGACAGAUGGGACAUCCGGGGAUGGUGACGGCCCAGCAGCAGCAGCAGGCGGGGCGCGGCGGGAUGAUGGGCAUGCCGGGAGCUCCGGGCGGGGCGGCGGGGGGUGGAAACCUGCCCCAGGCCGCCCUGCAGGAGCUCCUCCGCAACAUGCCCUCUCCCCGCUCCCCCAUGCAGCAGCAGCAGGUCCUCAACAUCCUCUGCUCCAACCCGCAGCUCAUGGCCGCCUUCAUCAAGCAGCGGGUGGCCAGGUACCAAGCCGGGACGCAGGGCGGGGCACCAGGUGGGGUACAGGGCGGGGCGCCGGGCGGAGCCCCGCCGGGUAUGGACGGUCAGCCGGUCAGCGUGAACCCCGGAGCCCCGGCAGGGAUGCAUAUGGGCCAGGGUGUGGGCAUGCCUUCCAUGGCUCAACUCCAGCAGCAGCAGCAGCAGCAGCAGCAACAACAACAGCAACAGCAGCUUCAACAGCGCCCCCUAAUGGCUGGGAAUUUGCAGCAGCAGCAGCAGCAGCAAAUGGCGGCUCUCCAACAGCAGCAGCAGCAGCAGCAGCAGCAGCAGGGCGGCAUGCAGGGCCAGGGUUCCCCGAUGGCCAACAUCAACCCUCAGUUCAGAGAGCUGCUGAUGAGAAGGCACAUGCAGCAGCAGCAGCAGCAGCAGCAGAAGAUGGGCAACCACGCCCAGUUCCAGCAGCCCCAGCCCCCCCAGCAGCAGCAGCAGCAGGGCUACCUCGGCCAGCCCGGCAUGCCCCCCCAGCAGCCCGGAGGGCCACAGCAGGGGCCCCAAGCGGGGCAGCAGCAGCAGGGCUACCCAGGAUCGGUAUCCCAGCAACAGGUUGCCGCGGCGCUGCAGCAUAGGCUCCAGCAGCAUCAGCACCAUCUCCAGAUGCAGCAGCAGCAGCAGCAGCAGCAGCAGCAGCAGAACCCCAUGGUGGGGCUGCAGGGGGCUGACGGCACAGCCGGGGGUGGAGGGGGCGGAGUCCCCCCCCAGCAGCAGCAGCAGCAGCAGCCCGGCCCCCAGCCUCCGUCUUCCCAGGCCAUGCUCCAGCAGGCCAUCCACCAGAGGCUCCUCCAGCAGCAGCAGCAGCACCUGGGCGGCGGCUCACCAGCCCAGCACAGCAGCCCCAUGAGCCCCCAGCAGCAGCAGCAGAUGUCCCAGCCGCUGCCCUCCUCGCUCAGCAGCCAGGUGCGCUCGCCCCAGCCCUCCCCGCGGCCCCAGUCCCAGCCGCCCCACUCCAGCCCCUCCCCCCGCAUGCAGCCCCAGCCCUCCCCCCACCACAUCUCCCCCCAGACGCAGACGGGAUCCCCGCACCCGGGACACCUCCCCCAGCACCACCCCGGCAUGGGGCCGCCCCCGCCCCAGCAGCAACAGCAGCAGCAGAACCCCAACGCCAUGGACCCGGGCCCCUUCGGCGCCGACCAGAACGCCAUGCUGUCGCAGCUGGGCGGGAUGGGGGGCCUGCACGGGCCCGGGCAGGCGGACAUGUUGGCGGGCGGCAGCCAGGACCUGGGGGCCAACAUUAAUCACAACACCUUAGACAUCAUGUAGCAUUACAGUGCAUUCAAAACCGUUCAU